UUCCAGCGGUUAUUAGAAUUUUCUCUGAAUUUAGGAAAGAUUCCAGAGAGGCUAUUGUUGUAAACGAAACGGAAGAAGUAUCAUUCAUUUGUGCUGCGGAAGCUAACCCUGCCUCAGACCUAACGAUCAGAAGUCCUCAAGAUAAACAGAUCGCUAUGGUUGCCAAUACAAAUACUCUGAUUCAUACCUUACAGAAUACAUCAUGUUUAAAUGCUGGCGAAUAUACAUGCACUUGUAGGAACAACUACACGUAUGGCCACGUAUCAAGCUCAAAACUGGUUCUUAUUGUAAGAUGUCCUCCUAAACUGGCAUCUGAUAACGCUAAAGAUGGAAAGAUUGCAACUAUCUUGCACGCUGAUGUAACACUGCAAUUUACAGCUCGUAAUUAUCUGGAUGAACCAAAUAAAACAACGUUCAUGUGGUUCAAGGAAAAUGCCACAAUAGAAAAGGACGACAGUAAAUUUAUCAUAUCCUCACUAGGAUUACAGUCUAACUUGUCUAUAACAAACAUCACACAAACAGAUUUUGGGAAAUUUGUAGUUCGUGUCUCGAAUUCCGUCGGACAGUAUAUUCAUAUGUAUGAACUUGUUGAACAGGAUAAGCCUGAAGCGCCAAAGAAUUUCGCAUACAUUAGUGAUUCAAUCACGGACUCAUCAGUUGAUCUAAAAUGGAUGCCUGGGUCCAACGGAGGCUUACCACAAAGCUUUAUUUUGCUUUAUAAGAGAAUAACUGAACUGCAGCGACAAAACAUAUCCAUUAGAGAUGCUGGGACCAAAGAGAUGAAUUAUACCUUAUCUGGUUUGUUCAGUAUGACGGAGUACCAAGUGAAAAUGUUCGCAAGAAAUGAAAAAGGAGACUCUACUUACACCGAAAGCCUUCAAUUUACAACAAAAGAACCAGUUAGAAGACCAAUAGAAUGGCAUUCAAGUACGAUCGGUAUUGUAGCUGGAAGUGUGUCGUCGAGUGUUAUUAUAGUAACUAUUGCAGGUAUAGCUGUUGUUGUAUGGAUCUACAGGAAAAGACUGAAACAAAAGAAUAAACACAAUGUCAGGCAAACAACAGGGGCAGCCUAUGAAACUGAAUCUUCAUUUACUUAUGAUGACUUGGAUGUGAGUAAAAGGGAAGGGAAUACGUAUAGUCAGCUACCCGCUACUUAUGAACAACUUGACAAUGUAACAAAAGAAGGAAGCACUUAUACGGAAAUGGAAAAUACUGUAUUGAAACGAGAAGAGCCUGACUAUAUAAAUAUCAGAAUAUAAUCAAAAGAAUUAUGUUAUUUAGGUUAUAUUGUCGAGUGCUUAAUAUUAUGUAAUUAAGAUAAGAUGUGAGCUUUUAAUAUAGAAUGAUUAAGCUAAAUCAAACAAAAAUGACUUACUUACGUAAG